AUGCUCAACCUCCGCCAAGUGAGCCGCCACAAAGCCCAGGGGGCGGACGAUUCCGUCUCGCAGGGAAUCCAGUUCUACGCGCAGUCGCAGACCACUCGGACGAUACCGCAUUCUCUCACUUCCUUCGCAGAGCUGGUGCAUGUGGAAACUAAGGACCCGGACAUGGAAUGGGAAAGUGAACGAGACAUGAGUGCAGGCACGACUUUCAACAAUAUUCAGCUGUACAACGCAGCCUUCAUUGUGCAAAAGCCCACACACACCACAGAGACAUCUACCUUCCUCAGAACCGCUCCUGUUGCCGCACUCUCCCUACGGCGGAAGGUAGACCCGGAGAAGGUGUCGAAGAAGGUCCCAGCAGUGUACGAGCCCGCAGCCCACGGUGCGUCACAGCGGAAGGUGCCCAAAGACUGCGCGUGCAGACUUGCGGAGCUGGAGUUUGCACACAACAAGGUCGUGCUGCCCGACGGUAAGGUCGACGGACAGGCCAUCGAGGUGUCGCAGGCUGAGAAGAAGCGUCUCCUGGUUGCCGCCGCCGCUGCGUCCAGGGCGACGAGCAGCUGUGGAAACUGCUACUUGGGAGACACAUUCCGGUGGUUGAGUUGCCUCAUAUAG